CUUUGCGGGGGGCCAUUGGAACCCUGCAAAGAUAGACCGAAAUUUUGUUUGACUCAUUCAAAAUUGGGUUUGUGGUUAGUUAUGAGAUUUUUCUGGAGUUUCAGUUGUGACGGUUUUCGUGUUCUACUGCUUGCCUUGGAUACAAGAGAAGAAGCGGAAGAAGAAGAUAACUCUAGCAGCAAUGGCCAUUUUGAUGUUAAAGAGAAUGAAGAGAAGUGGAGCGGAUCAACUGAGUAAAUUGCCACAUCUGUGCAGGCAGGUGAAGAUAGAAGAAGGGAAUCAAGAACGAAAAGAGAUAGCUACAUUUGAGAGACUGAUUCCAAGACUGAGGUUGGAGUAUAUUAGUAGGGCAACAAACAAUUUUGGCAAAGAUACUGUCGUUGGGGUGGGACAAAUUGGGAUAGUGUACAAAGCAAAUAUCUCAAUUGGUCUGUCCGUUGCAGUAAAGAAGUUUCAUGACUCUCGGUACUUAGAAGAGCAAUUGAUGUUGGAAUUAAAAACUCUGGUGAGAUUGAGACGAUCUGAUAAAAUAGUUCAAGUGCUUGGCUUCUGCGUGGAAUCGAACGAAAGGCUUCUAGCAUAUGAGUACAUGUCAAAUGGCAACCUUUAUGACUGGCUUCAUCCAGCAGAAGGUGAGCCAGUUCAUAACAUGGAGUGGCCUUUGAGGGUUAAAAUUGCAACUGGAGUUGCAAAAGGCUUGUCUUGGCUCCACCACAAGUUUGGAAUUGUCCAUCUUGACAUGAGCUCCAAGUCCAUCUUACUUGAUCAGAAUUUCGAACCCAAGUUGUCGAAUUUCACUCAGUCGAUGCACUUGAACCCAAAUGAUUUCGGUGAUUCAACAAAGAGAUUUUGUGCCAAUAGAGAGUUUUGGCAAUUUGUUUUCUUUCAGGAGGAUGUCCACAACUUUGGACUCGUGCUUCUUGAGCUUGUCACCGGAAAGAAGCCUAGUGAAAUUGAUCAAAUGACUCAUCUUUCAGAGGGCUCUUCUAUCUUUCCUGGUUAUGACUUUGAUAAGUCUCUAAUAGGUCAAGGAUUCGACGGUGAAAUCCUUCAAUUCCUUAAACUCGCAUGUCAGUGUGUUCAGCCCUUCCCUGAUCAAAGGCCGAGAAUGCUUGAAGUUUACAAAACACUGCGUGCUAUGGUCAUGGAAGAUGAAGUUGUUGAAGUUGAUCAUGAAAUAACAGAACCAGGAUAAAGAAAAUAAAGACCUGAAAUAUGUACUUUCAAUGUAAGUCACAUUAAUGCAGUGACAAA